AUGAUGAAGGAGAAGAUUAAGAAGGUGAUAUAGAAUGAUAAUAUUAUGAUGAGGAAGAAUAAGAUAUGUAACAGAAAGAAGAAUGUUAGAAUAUACAAAAGAGCAAUAGGAUAAGUAAUACAGCCAUAUAAUAUAGUAAAAGGGCUUUAAAUAUUAACCAUUUGAUUCAAGAAAAUGGUAAUCGGCAGAACAAUUAAUAUAGAAGAAAUUAGAGGUAAUCAUUUAGCGAAAUUGAGGGGAGCUUAAAUUUUAUUAUUUGGAGGAUAUUAUUAUGUAUAUAAAGAUAAAUACUUAAAUGACUCAUAAGAGGAGAAAAUGUUUAUUCAGAGAUUUAUAUUCUCUGACCAUUAAUAUUAAUUUUUUAUCAGACACCAGAAGGAUCUGGUUAUCUAAUUGCUAGAUUUUCUCAGUUUGCUAUUAGUUCGCUUCAACUUAAAUGAUAAUAUUUGGAGGUUGGAAUGGCAUUGAUUAUUAUAUUAAUGAUCUUUAAGUUUUAGAUUUAGAAGUCAUGGCAUGAUCUUAACCUAAUUGUACAAGACUUUCUCCUACUCAUCAUUUAGGGCAUAUAGUAACAUAAGUUGGAGCAAAUUUAAUUAGAUAUGGAGAUUUCUAUUUUUAAGAAGAUUAGAAACUUAAAAAAUUACAUCAAACUGUUAAUCCAAGACAUGGAUAAUAUCUAAAUGAUAUUCGAAUUCUCGAUACUGAACAUUUGGCAUUAGAAAGAUUAAGAAUUAAUGGUACUUUAAAAUGGAGAUAUUCAGCUAAUGUUAGUGGUGCCGAUUUUUUGUUUUUGGGUCAUUAAAUUGAAGAGCUAGAAGGUUUUAUUAUCUAUAACUAUUUUAGAGAAAAUAAUUUUAAUAAACAGACCUAGAAAAUGUGAUGGAAAAAACCAAGUAAAUGCUAACAGAAAUAUAUAUGGACAUACUGCUACUUCUAUAAGUCUAUAUAUUCUAAUUUUUGGAGGCUAAGAAUAUAACAGAGCUACUUAUCUAUUUUUUGAACUGAGAGAUUCCUUGUUGGAUAUUAAUAGUAUGAGAAGAAAAAAUGAUAUUAAUUAUAAAAAAAUGAGUAGUUUGGAAUCAUCACCUAGAAAUUCUUUUCAUAUUGUUAAUAUUCUGGAAAAGUACAAAUAGAAAAAAACGAUAAUGAGUCCUCUUCCUCUAGAAUCAUUUUAAUCAAUUGUUAAAGAUGCUGGAUAAGAAUUACUUCAAUAACAUCCUGAGUGUGAUAAUACUCAUUUCAUUUCAUUCAAAUAGCUUAAUCAAGAUGCUAUUGAUGAACUCUAAAGAUCUCUACACUAAUCUAAAAUUAUGUGGAAUCAUUUUAGCAGAGCUUUAUUUGCAGCGAGUCCUAUUGAAAAAUAAAAUAGUUCUAAGAAAAUGGAAUUGCUACAUAAUAGAGAUGCUUACUAUCGUAUAAAAAAAUAAAAUGAAAUUCAAUUAAAGUUACAACUAGAUGGAGUAAAUAAAGAAUACCAAAAAAUACAUCUUGAGACUUAGGGAGUUAAAUCAUAUCCAUCUAUCUCAAUCAAAGAUUAAUUUCGCUAAUAAUAGAUUAAAAGAUAAUUAUAAUUGGGAUGUUCCUAAGAACUUGUACAUUAAGAGACUAAAUUUAUUAAAUAAUAAAUUGAACUUACUAAAUCUAGAAUUAUUAAUGAAGUCAAGAAAAUUAUUGUUUUCAUUUACAAUAAUCAAAACAAUGGAUGGAAUCCUUCAUCAAGAGAAAGUAGUGCAAUGGUAAAUUAUAAUGAUAAACUUUAUCUAUAUGGAGGAUCAGGAGCUGGAAACGUAAGUGAUCUUUGUUAAGCAACUUUCGAUAAAUGUAUAAUAGAUAAUUUUAUUAAAAUUAGAAUUUUAUAAAUGGACAACAAUAAAUUUAAAAUAAUAAGUUUAAUGUCGUUCAUACCAUACAGCUAACCUUUAUAAGAGUUAAUUAAUAGUUUUUGGAGGAAUUUUAUAUCCACAACAAAAGGAAAAUAGAUUUCAUUGUGAAGUAGUAAAUGAAGUUACUCAUAUUAAUUUAUUAAAUAAUGAGAUAAAAAUUGUACAGCAUGCUGGAAUAGUAUCACCAAGAAAGGGACAUAUAGCCGAAGUGAUUGGAAGAUAUCUUUUGGUUUAAGGAGGGAUAGAUUAAAAAGGGCAUUAUUUGAAUGAUUUCCUUGCAUAUGAUAUGUCAACUUAUAGAUGGUAAAAUGUGGAAACAAAUGCUUCAGUAUUCUAAGAUGGAGUUGCAUUUCAUAAAUCUUGUUGUGCUUUAGAACAUAAAUCUUUAGAUCUUUAUAGACAUGAUAGUGAAAUGAGUUAUGAGAAUCAAGGAAUUUAUAUAUUUGGAGGUCUUGAUUAAAAUGGACAUUAUUUAGACAAACUUAUAAAAAUAGAUGUUAGAAGAAGACCCAUUUAUAUUGAGGAAGUAUAAUCAAAAGGUAGAGGUCCAAUAAGUAGAUGCUAACAUUCAAUGACAUAUGUAGAAUUAUCUUAAUAAAUUAUAAUUUAUGGUGGCAAAAAUGAUGAUAUAAACACUCUAGGAUUUUUAAAUGAUUUAUAUAUUUUUGAGAUACGAAAUUUAUCAUGGAGUAUUGUCGAUAUUAAAAGAUAUCCUACAUCUGGACGAUGUAGUCAUUCUGCUGCUGCAAUUGAUGAAAAAUUAUAUAUAUUUGGAGGUGUUAAUUACACAGGAUUUGUUAAAAGUGAUCUCUUAAUUUUUGAGCUCAAUUAAUAGAAAGCUUAAGAUUUGAGUUAAUAUGAAGCAUAAACUGAUCGAAUAACUAAACAAUAAGUUCCUGUUUAAUUUAAACCUGCAACACCUCCUAAAAAGGUUCUUAAUAUCAAAUAAUAAAUUGAAUAAAUCAAAAUUGAUACUGAAAAAGUUAAAUUAGCUGAAAAAUUUAAAAGACUUAGCAUGGCUAAACAUAGUCGUAAUUUAACAGAUGUUUAAGUCUAUAAAAGCCAUACAACUAUCACUAAUUGA